AUGUCUGAGGAGACCCGAGAGUCGAGCUGCAGCUCCACUGGCUCUCCUGUGGACAGUCUUGGAGAAAUGGACAGUCAAACCAGGAAAGGUGGGAGGAAAAUAAGGAGAUCGAGUCGGACAGACGGGGAGGAUUUAGAUAGUCCAACCCCCGGGAAGGGAGGGAAAAUGUCCAGCCCCAGCUCCCAGUCCUCUGAAGAGCUCCACACGGAGAGGGUCAUGGCCAACGGGCGGGAGAGGCAGAGGACGCAGUCUCUGAACCAAGCGUUUGCAUCACUGCGGAAAAUCAUUCCUACUUUGCCCUCAGACAAAUUAAGCAAGAUACAAACACUGAAGCUUGCUGCCAGAUACAUCGAUUUUCUCUUCCAAGUCCUGCAAAGCGAGGAGUUGGACUCCAAAAUGGCAAGUUGUGGUUGUGAGUCUCCUGAGAGGUUGAGAUCUGCGUUCUCUGUGUGGAGGAUGGAGAUGGUCAACAUCGCACUAGGAAAAACCCUUUGA